AUGCCGACAGGAUUAGAUAACAAUUGGGUGUUCGGUGUCCGACACAUCGAUCUCAAACCGCCUGGAGAUAUGGUGGUCGCCGUCCACCCUGCCAGCAGAUUACUACUGCAAGGCCAUCCAACCCAGAUCAUCUUCCGGUCUAGCGAGCGUGAAAGAGCCAAGGCGACUGUCACCGCCCUUCUCCAAGCCUUUUUCAGAGGCAGUGUCGGCGCUGACUAUGCCCCAUUUGCACCCUGGGGCUGGUCGACGGACAACCCCGAGCUCGCUGACACCAUUGGGCUGGAGCUGGCUGCUGCGGGAAUCUCGGGUGGUUUGGAGAACGUGCGCGUUUGCUCUGCCAAAGAAAAGAUGAUCCUCGAAGAGGUGUGGUCGGAGAUCAGAGACCUACUCAUGUGCUUUUCGGGCGGCGACUGGUCUGAGCCGGAUACGGACACCCAGGGCUCGUCCGGCCGUGCCGCAGCUCCAUCCGUUGUGUCACCUGUCCGCCCAGGAAUGGAUCUGCCACUCCGACGCCUCAUCAUCGCCGGCAAGGACACGCCGGAGAACAUGCGAAUCCUCUUUGGGCCAACGUGUCUCAGCGAGAAGAAGGAACAUGAGAGAAUCCGGCUCGAGGUCCUCAUUGACCCCUGUUGCGGUUCUCCAUUGUACAUGGAACAAUUCUUUGAUGACACCGGGACUAAGCCUCCCACUCGUGCGGUGCGACCGCCGACAGAUGCCGAGAAGAUCACAUUGAGGGAAGUACGGGAAAUUCAAGAGAUUAUCAAGCAAAAGUUCGGGACUGGACGUUUACCUGAUGCGAUAGACAUGCAGGAUGUCCUGAAGACCUUGGGGCCCGAUUGGCCAGAGAGGAUGCAUCUGUACAUGCUUGCAAUCAACAGCAUGGGUCAAUGA